CGGAGAGCGAGCCAGCGGAGCGAGCCCAGCCGGAGGAGGCGGCUGCUUGCGGCGAGGGAGCUAGCGAUCCACGCGAGGCAGUAGCUUGCAGCGGCGGCAGCGGCGUCGACGGCCCAACUCGUGCUCGACGGGCGCACGCACACACACGCACGCCAGUGCGUCGGCCCGAGAAGCGGCAGCAGCGAACAGGUUUGGCAAUAUGGCCGCCUAGGCCGCUUCGUCGUCGUCGGCUCUCGAAAACGCGGAUGCGAAGCUGCCUGGUCGCCAACGAUGGUGGAGCCUUCGUGCCGUUGUCGUCGCCCCGUUCGUCUCGACGAGUGAUUUCCGCAGGUCGUUUCUGGCGGCUUGCGGUGUUCUUGUUCGGUGUCCUCCCCGCCACCGAAGGGGAGUGUGUGUGGCCGUGAGAGAGCUCGGCCCCGUGAGGGGAGUGUCCGGCGACCGCCGUUCGUGCGUGCGACGACCACGACGACGACGACCAUGAAUUCGUACGAGAACACCUGCCUGCGGUGCGGCCAGACCGUCUACCAGGUGGACAAGGUGGGACCGCUGAAGGAUUUCACCUUCUACCACCAGGGCUGCUUCAAGUGUCUGGUGUGCGGUACCAAGCUGACCCUGAAGACUUACUUCAACAACCAGCAGAGCCAGGAGGACAAGGAGGUCUACUGUCAGAAUCACGUGCCCAAGACCGGGCCCGGUCACCUGGACGGCAUGUCGGUGGGCAUCAAGGCCGCGCUGAGCGUGCCCAGGACCAACAACCUGGUCAACGACCAGAUUCGGGGCUCCGGCAAGGGGACAUUCGACGCGGACGCGCUGGGCAUCAAGUCGGCGCUGACCAAGAACCACCACCACCAACACCACGAGCAGGAAUACAAGCACGCCGUGAACAGGGCCGGUCGUUUCGACGCCAGCGCGCUGCACAUCACGCACGCGUUGAACGCCACCAAGGUGCACCGGGGCAAGGUCGCUUACGAGCGGAACAUGGACGAGUAUCUGGAUCCAGAAACGCAACGGACGUUAGAGAUGCGACAUCGACUCGAGGAGGACGACCUCUACCGGCAGUUUGCCAAAAAGCGAGCAGAGGAAGAGCACCAUAUCACGCACCAAAUUCAGGAAGAGUGGGAGAAGGAGCUCGAGCGGCUCACGUACCGCUACCAGCAGGAGAUGCGGCGCAAGAAGCAACGGCUCAUCACCAGCGAGGAAGAGCGGCUCCUGACCGUGCGCCACCAGAAGGAGAAGGAGGACCUCGAGAAGAACAUGACCAUCAAGCUGGACCGCAAGAAGGAGUCGCUCACGCGCAAGCUGCUCGAGCAGGAGCGGGCCGCCACCGCCGACCUCGUCGAGAAGCACAGCGAGGAGAUGCUCAACCUCAUCAACGAGAAGAGGGACGAGCUGAUACGGCGAGAAGGCGAGGAGUUCACGAACGACGAAAUCAACCCAUACCCGAGUCAUCCGCCCCCGCCCACGCCGGCAUCCAUCUCCAAGACGGACAUCUACACCGACCCCGAGGUGUUCUCGGAACUGGACCAGAUCGCGAUAAACGUGGCGCAAGCUGACCAGCAGACCUUCACAGACCUGGUGCGGCAGUUAAUAUGCAGCUGUGUGUCGGACGUUGAGAAGGCGAGGACAAUAUUCCGGUGGAUCACUGUCAAGAAUCUGAACACGAUGCACUUCGACGAGAACGUGAUCGCGGACACGCCCAUGGGCAUUCUCAGGGGAAUCAAGCAUGGGACAGAGAGCUAUCACGUGCUCUUCAAAAGGCUCUGCAGCUAUGCCGGCCUGCACUGUGUGGUCAUCAAAGGGUACUCCAAGAGCGCCGGCUACCAGCCUGGCGUGCGGUUCGAGGACAACCGGUUCCGCAACUCCUGGAACGCCGUGUACGUCGCCGGCGCCUGGCGGUUCGUCCAGUGCAACUGGGGCGCUCGGCACCUGGUCAACGCCAAGGAGGUUCCCAAGCCGGGCAGCAAGGGCAAGUCCGACUCGCUUCGCUACGAGUACGACGACCACUACUUCCUCACCGACGCCCGCGAGUUCAUCUACGAGUUCUUCCCGCUCCAGCCCGAGUGGCAGCUGCUCAAGAGGCCCAUCUCGCUGCGAGAGUUCGAGGAGCUUCCGUUCGUCCGGUCGCUCUUCUUCCGGUACGGCCUGUACUUCCCGGACACCGACACCAAAGCCACCCUGUACACGGACAGCACGGGCGCCGCCACUGUGCGCAUCGGCAUGCCGGAGGACAUGUCGCACAGCCUCAUCUUCCACUACAACCUCAAGUUCUACGACAGCGACCGCGACUCCUUCGACGGCGUCAGCCUGAAGCGGUUCGUCAUGCAGAGCAUGGUGGGCAACGUGGUCGCCUUCCGGGUCCACGCCCCGUGCUCGGGCGCCCUCCUGCUGGACGUGUUCGCCAACGCGGUCACGCCGCGGGAGUACCUCACGGGCGAGCCGAUGAAGUUCAAGAGCGUGUGCAAGUUCAAGAUCGUCUGCGAAGACCUGCAAACGGUCAUGGUACCGCUGCCGGACUGUGCCUCCGGUGAGUGGGGGCCCAUGAAGGCGACACGUCUGUUCGGCCUCGUGCCGGAGACGCACGAGGACGCCCUCAUCUUCUCCUCGAGGGAGCUGGAGGUGCGGUUCCGCAUGACGCGGCCCCUGACCGACUUCAUGGCCACCCUGCACAAGAACGGUGUCGAAGAGAAGAAGCUCUCCAAGUUCGUCUCGCACACUGUCCACGACGACCUGGUCACUUUCUUCUUGGCCUUCCCGGACGAUGGCCAGUACGGCAUGGACAUCUACACGCGAGAGAUGAACGGCGAGAUAGAGACCGGCGAGAAGCACUUGCUGACGCACUGUUGCAAGUAUCUCAUCAACGUCUCCAAGUGAUCCUUUGAAAUGAGGGAAUCCGUGCCCUCUUCCUUCAUAGCUGCGGCAACGAGGAGCUUGCUACCCACCUGGAUUGAGGCCGCCAAAGCCAACCUCGAGAUCAGUUCGAAUUAUGCUCCAUAUUGAUGGGGCUUGGCUAUGCAGAAAACUUCCAGAAAGCUGCCGUCGUUCUCGGUCACGUGAUCGGCGGUGAGACGACCGCCUUACCCACGAAAUACCCUCCAGAGCUUUUCUGCACGGAACAUGUUCGACGCUACGCGAAAGUCGCUGUUGUUAAGUGUCGGAGUGAGUGGUUUGCGUUGCCUAUCGAUGCGGUUUCGCUGUGCAGUAAGCAUCCAGACACCUGCGAUCGUCCCCUGUCACGUGAUCGGCUGCGAAACGUGUGCCUUACUUCUGCGACAUCUUCUAGCUUUUGUGUGCGCACAUCAAGUUCGGCGCUUCGUGGCUUCGGACUAAUCCCGUUUCUAACGUGAAACCACUUCAAAGUGCAUUCCAUUGAGAGCUGGAUGCUCCAUCGCCAUGUCCAUAACGUGAUUUUUUGUUUUUGUUUUCUGCUAAUGUGACACGUUUGUUGUGAGCUUUUACAGGACUUUUCGUCGUCUUACACUUAUGUGUGGAUGUGCUAUUAUAGGUGACCACUUUUGCCGGUCGUGUUCUGCUGCUACUUAUUUAAAUUUUAACAAAGAUCGCCUAUAUAUUUUGUAAAGAUUGAGACACAUUACUUCAGUUAGUUUGCAUCAAAUUAUCUUUACACUGUUUACAUACACGUUUUCUUGUUUAGGCCGUUGCAAUUCUUAGAUUCUUGUCCACUUGUGCCUUAUAAUGUGAAAAAUUAUGUCGAUGAUGCGUAGACCAAAACGUCAACGUCUGGUGUCCGAUAUUUCUUCUCUACACCAGGGUCCGAUUCAAUGACGCACAUUUUGUACUCUGCAGUUCUUGUUUCAUAUUUAUACAUUGUACUAACUCUGAUAUAUUCACUGUAAGUUAAUAAAGUUUAAUAUAUUUUUACAGCCAAA